AUGCUACGUCAGUGUCCCAGACACAGUGGAAUGCUCACGACAAUGGUCUUCAUCCUCAUGCAAGCGACAGCCCUCAACACCCGCGUGCCCGACCCCACUUUCCAGGCGAACCCGUGGGGAUGGACCGUUGUACACACGUACGUCACAGUCGUCUUCGUCUCGAUAUGCUUGCUUCUGGGCGCGCUCGCCUUUCUCCAAGCGCGAGGAUACAUUCGCACGUGCUGGAACAAAUCGGACAGCACCGACCAAGGUUACGUCGAGAUGGGCGGACAACCCAAGAAGGCACUGCCAUCACAUCGAGUUGUGUAA